UUACUAAAGAACUCAAUGUAUGCAGGGAACAGCUCCUUGAAAGGGAAGAAGAAAUUGCUGAACUGAAAGCAGAAAGGAACAACACCAGGUUGCUGUUGGAGCACUUGGAAUGCCUCGUCUCUAGGCACGAGCGGUCCCUCAGGAUGACCGUGGUAAAGAGACAAGCUCAGUCCCCAGCAGGCGUGUCCAGCGAAGUGGAAGUGCUUAAAGCACUGAAGUCAUUAUUUGAACACCACAAAGCUCUGGAUGAAAAGGUGAGAGAACGGUUACGAGUAGCACUUGAAAGAUGUAGUUUGUUAGAAGAAGAAUUAGGUGCCACACACAAAGAGCUAAUGAUUCUUAAAGAACAGAAUAAUCAGAAGAAAACACUAACAGAUGGAGUGGUUGACAUAAACCAUGAACAAGAGAGCACGCCGAGUACGAACGGAAAGAGAUCUUCUGAUGGGUCUUUGAGCCAUGAGGAAGACCUUGCUAAGGUAAUUGAGCUGCAGGAAACCAUAAGCAAGCAGUCAAGGGA